AUGCGCCCCGUGGCCCGCCAUGGCCCGUCAUGGCUCCGCACGACGACGACGCCUCUUCUCACGCCCGCUCGCUUCUUCUCUGGGCCCCUCGGCCGUAGCCUUCGCGCCUUCUCCACCGAGGCGGCGGCCCAUCCCGCCAACAAGAUCCAGGUCUACCUGUCCCGCAGCGCCGACCCGCUGCUGAACCUCUCCGUCGAGCACCGCCUCCUCCAGGUCACGCCGCCCGACUCGACGGUGCUGCUGCUCUACGUCAAUGCCCCCUCGGUCGUCUUCGGCCGCAACCAGAACCCCUGGCUCGAGGCCAGCCUGUCGCGCCUUGCGCGUCUCGCCCGGGGCGCCGACGCACCGGCCGCCCUCGGCCCCGUCCAGCUGGUCCGUCGCCGCUCCGGGGGCGGCACCGUCUUCCACGACGCCGGCAACGUCAACUUUGGCGUCAUCUGCCCGCCCGCCGCCUUUGACCGCGACAGGUACGCCCGGAUGGUCGUGCGCGCCCUCCACGCCUUGGGACGACCGUCGACGCGCGUCAACGCCCGCCACGACAUUGUCGUCGACGGCGCGGCCGGCGCCUCCUUUAAAGUCUCGGGCUCGGCGUACAAGCUCACUCGCCUGCGCUCCCUGCACCACGGCACCUGUCUCCUGCGCAGCCCCAACCUCGACGCCAUCUCGGGCUUGCUGCGCUCGCCGGCGGAGCCCUUUAUCAAGGCCCGCGGCGUCGACAGCGUUCGGAGCCCCGUCCGGAACCUCGACCUCGACUGUGCCGAUUUCGAGGACGCAGUCGUCGAGCAGUUUCGCCGCGUGCACGGCCAUGUCCACCUCCAGGCUGACUUUGACGGCGGCGCCUUGGAUGUUGAGAGGAUCCGCUCGGGCUACGAGGAGCUGCAGUCCCCGAAAUGGACCUACGGACAGACGCCGCGCUUCUCAUUCUGCACUCAUCCAUUCCCAGAGGACCCUCGCCCGCGGCCACGGCUGCCAUUUGAUCUCAAAGUACGCUUCGAAGCUCGGCACGGCCUAAUCGACGAGUUCGACGUCCAAGGGGGAAGUCACCGCGUCGACGCAAGCGCCCUGGUUGGUCUUGACCUGCACCGCGUACGUGACUGGUCAGAGCGGCUUGCUCAGGCCGGCUUGGGCGACGCGGAUGCCGCCGAGGUCGGCGCUUGGAUGAACAAGGUGCUAGGCGCCGAUUUUACCAGCGCUUGA